CCGCGGCCAAUCAUAAGGCGGCGCGGGGUCCUUCCCGCCGGGGCGGGGUUGUGCGUGGGGCUGUCUGUGGCAGAGCCGGAGCUGGCGGGAAAUAGCGGCAGGCGCGGUGUGGGUGCCUGACCGGCCCGGCCCGGGGCAGCCCCGUGAGCGCCGUGCGACGAGCCCGGCCGAGCUCAGCCCCGCCGUGCGCCGCGCUCAGCCCCGCCGUGUGCCGCGCUGCCGCGGGGCUGGCUCCGCCGUGCACCCUGGGCGUCCCCCCGCUGGUGACCCAGGGCUGCUGUGGGACACGCAGAGCCACGGACCGAACGUGGCGGCGCAGCCGUGGCCGAGGAGCUGCUUAGGGCUCGGGGAGCUGGGCCUCCUCAGCCUCGAGGAGAGACGACUGAGCGGGGCCCUCGUUCAUGUGCACAGGCUGGGAGGGGGUCAGAGAGCGCAGCCGCGCUCGGCUCCGGGUGUCGGGGAAUUGGCCAAGGGGCGAUGGGCAGGCGAUGCUCAGGAAGCUCCGCCUGAACGUGAGAAGCAAUUUCUGUGCCGUGCACUAACCGCGCACGGGAACAGGGAGGCGGAGCGGCGGUGCGGGCUCCCCGAGCGCAGAUAGAUAGCCCCGAGCGGCGGUGCGGGCUCCCCGAGCGGCGGUGCGGGCUCCCCGAGCGCAGAUAGAUACCCUGAGCGGCGGUGCGGGCUCCCCGAGCGCAGAUAGAUAGCCCCGAGCGGCGGUGCGGGCUCCCCGAGCGCUGAUAGAUACCCCGAGCGGCGGUGCGGGCUCCCCGAGCGCAGAUAGAUAGCCCCGAGCGGCGGUGCCGGCAGGGAGGGCUUCAGGCAGAGGCCGCGCUGACCGCCCCGGCCCGGGCCCCGCCGCCGCCACGAUGGUGAAGGAGCAGUUCAGGGAGACGGAUGUGGCCAAGAAAAUAAGCCACAUCUGUUUUGGGAUGAAAUCUCCAGAAGAGAUGCGUCAGCAAGCUCACAUUCAAGUGGUCAGCAAAAAUUUGUACAGUCAGGACAACCACCACUCCCCACUGCAGUAUGGAGUGCUGGACCAUCGCAUGGGAACCAGUGAAAAAGACCGUCCCUGUGAAACCUGUGGGAAAAGUCUGGCUGAUUGUUUAGGGCAUUAUGGGUACAUCGACUUAGAACUACCUUGUUUUCAUGUGGGGUACUUCAAAGCUGUGAUAGGCAUCUUACAGAUGAUUUGCAAAACCUGUUGCCGCAUCAUGCUGUCAGUGGAAGAGAAAAAGCAGUUUUUAGAUUACCUGAAACGACCUGGCCUUACAUAUCUUCAGAAGAGAGGGCUGAAAAAGAAAGUGUCUGAGAAGUGCCGGAAGAAGAACACUUGUCCUUACUGUGGGGCCUUUAAUGGAACUGUGAAGAAAUGUGGUUUGUUGAAAAUAAUACAUGAAAAGUACAAAACAAAUAAGAAAGUCGUAGAUCCAGUAGUAUCUACUUUUCUCCAGUCCUUUGAAACUGCCAUUGAGUAUAACAAAGAAGUAGAACCCUUACUGGGAAGAGCUCAGGAAAACUUGAAUCCUUUGGUGGUGUUGAACCUCUUUAAAAGAAUCCUGGUGGAAGACAUCCCUCUCCUUCUAAUGAACCCCCAAGCAGGUAAACCUUCAGAUCUGAUCCUCACACGACUCCUGGUGCCUCCACUGUGUAUCAGACCCUCUGUGGUGAGCGAUUUGAAGUCUGGCACCAAUGAGGAUGAUUUGACAAUGAAACUCACAGAGAUAAUUUUCCUCAACGAUGUGAUAAAAAAGCAUAGGAUAUCAGGAGCCAAAACACAGAUGAUUAUGGAAGACUGGGAUUUUCUUCAACUGCAGUGUGCCCUGUACAUUAAUAGCGAACUCUCUGGAAUACCCCUCAACAUGGCACCUAAAAAAUGGACCAGAGGUUUUGUUCAGAGACUUAAGGGAAAGCAAGGUCGCUUUAGAGGUAAUCUGUCUGGAAAGAGAGUGGAUUUUUCUGGCAGAACAGUCAUUUCACCUGAUCCUAAUUUAAGAAUAGAUGAAGUAGCAGUGCCUAUUCAUGUUGCUAAAAUAUUGACCUUUCCUGAAAAGGUGAACAAAGCAAAUAUUAAUUUUAUGAGGAAGCUUGUCUGUAAUGGUCCUGAUGUUCAUCCUGGAGCAAACUUCAUACAGCAAAGGCACACUCAGAUGAAAAGGUUUUUGAAAUACGGGAACCGAGAGAAGAUGGCCCAGGAGCUGAAGUUUGGUGACAUUGUGGAGCGGCACCUGAUAGACGGUGACAUCGUGCUGUUCAACCGGCAGCCCUCUCUGCACAAGCUGAGCAUCAUGGCUCACAUUGCUAGAGUGAAACCUCAUAGGACAUUCAGGUUCAAUGAAUGUGUUUGUACACCAUACAAUGCAGACUUCGAUGGAGAUGAGAUGAACCUUCACCUUCCUCAGACAGAAGAAGCAAAAGCAGAAGCACUUGUUUUGAUGGGGACUAAAGCAAACUUGGUAACACCAAGGAAUGGUGAACCCCUUAUUGCUGCUAUUCAGGAUUUCCUCACAGGUGCCUAUCUUCUUACAUUGAAAGAUACCUUUUUUGAUCGAGCCAAAGCCUGUCAAAUUAUUGCUUCUAUCCUGGUUGGCAAGGAUGAAAAGAUUAAAGUUCGUCUUCCACCCCCAGCAAUUCUGAAGCCUGUAAGACUCUGGACAGGAAAACAGGUUUUCAGCCUCAUUCUCAAACCCAGUGAUGAUUGUCCUGUGAAAGCCAACCUUCGAACAAAGGGCAAACAAUAUUGUGGCAAAGGGGAGGACCUGUGUCACAAUGAUUCUUAUGUCACAAUUCAAAACAGCGAGUUAAUGAGUGGCAGUAUGGACAAGGGAACACUGGGGUCAGGAUCCAAGAACAACAUCUUCUACAUCUUGCUGAGAGACUGGGGCCAGGUGGAAGCUGCAGAUGCCAUGUCACGUCUGGCCAGACUUGCUCCAGUCUAUCUUUCUAAUCGUGGCUUUUCAAUUGGAAUUGGUGAUGUCACGCCUGGGCAGGGCCUGCUGAAAGCUAAGUAUGAGCUGCUGCAUGCUGGCUAUAAGAAAUGUGACGAGUACAUUGAAGCUCUGAACACUGGCAAGUUACAGCAGCAGCCUGGUUGUACUGCAGAAGAGACACUAGAGGCCUUAAUCCUUAAAGAACUGUCUGUUAUCAGAGAUCAUGCUGGCAGUGCCUGUCUCCGAGAACUGGACAAGAGCAACAGUCCCCUGAUCAUGGCUCUCUGUGGCUCUAAAGGCUCCUUCAUUAACAUAUCCCAGAUGAUUGCUUGUGUAGGGCAGCAGGCCAUCAGUGGGUCCCGUGUUCCUGAUGGGUUUGAGAACAGGUCCUUGCCUCACUUUGAGAAGCAUUCUAAGCUCCCUGCAGCAAAAGGCUUUGUUGCAAACAGCUUCUAUUCUGGAUUGACUCCCACUGAAUUUUUUUUCCACACAAUGGCUGGUCGAGAAGGUCUGGUUGAUACAGCUGUGAAAACAGCUGAAACUGGCUAUAUGCAGAGACGUCUGGUAAAAUCCCUUGAAGAUCUUUGCUCACAGUAUGAUUUAACAGUCAGAAGUUCUACUGGUGACAUUAUACAGUUUAUUUAUGGAGGAGAUGGCUUGGAUCCUGCAGCUAUGGAAGGGAAGGAUGAACCACUGGAAUUCAAGCGAGUUCUAGACAAUAUCAGGGCUGUCUACCCAUGCCAAAGUGAACCAGCCCUGAGCAAAAAUGAAUUGGUUUUAACGUCUGAAUCCAUCAUGAAGAAGAAUGAAUUUCUUUGCUGCCAAGACAGUUUUCUACAGGAAAUUAAAAAAUUCAUCAAAGGUGUUUCUGAGAAGAUAAAAAAAACUAGGGACAAGUAUGGAAUUAAUGACAAUGGCACAACAGAGCCCAGAGUUUUAUAUCAGCUGGAUAGGAUUACUCCAACACAACUAGAGAAGUUUCUGGAGACUUGUAGAGACAAAUACAUGAGGGCACAGAUGGAGCCUGGCUCUGCAGUAGGAGCUCUUUGUGCACAGAGUAUUGGUGAGCCUGGCACACAGAUGACUCUGAAGACUUUCCAUUUUGCUGGUGUUGCUUCAAUGAACAUUACUCUGGGUGUGCCAAGAAUCAAGGAAAUCAUUAAUGCUUCAAAGGCUAUUAGCACCCCUAUUAUAACAGCACAGUUGGACAAAGAUGAUGAUCCUGAUUUUGCCCGUCUGGUUAAAGGAAGAAUUGAGAAAACUUUGUUAGGAGAGAUUUCUGAAUAUAUUGAGGAGGUGUUUCUUCCAGAUGACUGUUUCAUCCUAGUGAAGCUGUCUUUAGAGCGCAUUAGACUACUGAGAUUAGAGGUGAAUGCAGAGACUGUGCGCUACUCGAUCUGCGUCUCCAAACUCCGAGUGAAGCCCGGGGACGUUGCUGUCCACGGAGAAGCCAUUGUGUGUGUGACUCCUCGUGAGAAUAGCAAGAGUUCCAUGUACUAUGUGCUGCAGUCCCUCAAGGAAGAGCUACCAAAGGUUGUAGUGCAAGGCAUACCAGAGGUUUCCCGAGCUGUCAUUCAUGUUGAUGAACAAAGUGGAAAGGAAAAAUACAAACUUCUGGUUGAAGGUGAUAAUCUACGAGCUGUUAUGGCUACUCAUGGAGUGAAAGGAACAAAAACAUCCUCUAACAACACGUAUGAGGUAGAGAAAACUCUGGGAAUCGAAGCUGCUCGGACAACCAUUAUCAAUGAGAUUCAAUAUACGAUGGUGAACCAUGGCAUGAGCAUUGACAGGAGACAUGUGAUGUUACUGGCUGAUCUAAUGACUUACAAGGGUGAAGUGCUGGGCAUUACAAGGUUUGGACUGGCAAAAAUGAAGGAAAGUGUGUUGAUGUUGGCUUCUUUUGAAAAGACUGCAGACCAUCUCUUUGAUGCUGCCUACUUUGGACAGAAGGAUUCUGUUUGUGGUGUUUCUGAGUGCAUCAUCAUGGGGAUUCCAAUGAAUAUUGGAACAGGACUUUUUAAACUGUUACACAAAGCAGACAAAGAAUCAAACCCUCCCCAGCGGCCUCUGAUAUUCGAUCAGAAUGAAUUUCAUAUUCCCAUUGUUACAUAGAACUUGGACAUAAAACAAGAUAGCAGACCAAGAAAUAGUAAGCAAACAUAAUUUAAAUUAAGAAAAGUGUAUUAUCAGUUCUAUGUGUCUCAGUAGGAGUGAGCUGGAAAUAAUACCAAAAGAAUUGCCCAAUUGUUCACUGCUUGUUAGUACAGGCUCUGAAAGGAGAGAGUGCACCAGAGAGUGGAAACAAAUUUACAGUACAUUUCACCUGAUAACAUCUUUUUCAUGUAAGAAUGUUCACUUUUUCUGUUACUGUUAAUGGGUACAAGCUGGUAUUAACUCAGUAUUUAUUACACAUGUAUGCAGAUUUUAUUAAAAAACAAAAAGAAAAUUGCACGAGUGUUCUGUGAAUUUGCCCAGAGUGCUUUUGGAAACAUCCUCUCAACAGGAACUGCAGAGGUCUGCAGCUGUUAAGAACAGGAACUUCAGAAAGCUGGAACUGAGUCUGUGAUUAAUUCAUAGUGAGUUCAGGAGUGCUGUUCAAAGUGUUUGAAAUAUUAGCUCUUUGCUUUUGGUAGUUUUAAUUGGUUUUUCUUUGUCCCAAGUUAUUAUCCAGUAAAUUAUUUUCCUCCCCAGGAUUCUGUUUUGGGACCAUAUCUACAAGAAGCUGUACAUUGUGGAUGCUGCUAAAUUCUGAGAAGACUGUUGUAAGAAUAUUGCGAAUUAUAGAUAGCUUUUCAUAUGGUAGCAACAGUCUAGCUGCUAGAAUCAGUAACUGACAGUCUUAGUUUUGGGAAGGUUUCAUAAUUGAGCAGGAUCAUCUGAACAACCUAGUUUUAUUUUAUUCUAGAAAGCAGAAAUUGAAGGGAAUGCUGUUUUUAUGCAUUGCCGUGAAAUAAUUUGGAAGCAUCUUUAGCUUUAGUUUUCAGUUAGCAGUUUUCAGAAUGAAUGUAGAUCUCAAAUAGAGAGAAAGCCCAUAAAUCUUUCCUGUGGUUAAGUUUUAUCCAUUUUGUUUUAUCAUGGGAAAUUGUACUGAUAGUGUUUGGCAUUUUUGAGAAUGAAGAUUCUUUGCAAGGUCUAAAUGAGUGGAGUUUGUAUUGGAACAAAUAACCAUGUCUUUCCUUUUUCAUUUUAUUGGUUGGUUGAUUUCAGGUUUUUUGUUUGGUUGAUUUGGUGGUUUUUUUGUUUGGUUGUUUUGUUUUGGGGUUUUUGUAAAUACAGGAAAAUGGGCUAUUUAAAUGCUGGGUUCACUCCUGUAUGUUGUAAAAUUAAGAGUAAAAUUGUCUUAUUGUCUUAAAUGUGACAAUAAAAAGAGGCAGAGGUAAAGAAUAUGUGAACCUUCUUUACUUCUGCCUCUUUUUAUUUAAGAGUGUAUUAUAUUUCUGUAUAAUUAAUUUAUGGAUGAUCUAACCUCCAUUUCUUUUAUUUGCUUAGUUAGUGAGACAGUAGAGAAUUAUUGAGCUUAAAUCUCAGGUAUUUACAACGUAAAUGAAUAAGUAAUAUAAAUCCUAUCUUGCUUAAAGUCAUUAUGUCUUGUCCUCAGAGCAUGCUCUGAGUCUCAUGAGUGUUUCAACCAAAAAUAGAUUGUUUACAAGAGCACUCUGAAUUAGUAAAUAUUGUUUGAGCUCUCUGUACAGUCAGUAAACAAAUUAGCUGUUGUAUUUCACUCAUAAGCAGCUUUUUUAAGGGUCAGUUUUAACAGUCAAGAAAUGGAACUUCAGAAUAUUAAAAUUUCCAUGUUUAUUCAUUUUUUUAGCUUUCGUUUGAGUUUAAUUUUUUUCAAAUAAACAGUUUUUCACAUUUCUAUUUUCUAACUAAUGUGGUAAUUGAAAUUAGUGAAGUGUAAAUUUUCAAGAAAUAAAUUUGUUUUCAAAGAUCCAUA